GAGAGGAUGGUGCUGGUCUCUCUCAAGAGCUACUUCGGAGUAGCUAGCAAGGUCGUGUGCAAUUGAUUGUCUCUCUUAUCGUGGUAUAGAUUCCCUUUGCUCACAAACACACAAAACGCAACGAACAUCAAACAUCAAACAUCAAAUUCAUUGACACCAUGACGGAAGCAUCUGCCAGAUACAUCGACUUGACCCUCCUCAGUGGCCUGGAACCAGCCAUGUCGCCAGAAGAACAAGCCCGUGUAACGGAAAUGUUAGUCUCUGGCGACAAGAACGAAUUGGCCAAAGCCGCUCAUGUCCUUUACGACCUGGGCGUGCUCUUGAAACAAGGAAUGCUCUUUAGCAACCGCAGCGAAAAGGCCAAAAGCCAGCUCCAAGCUUCCUUUCAAAAGGAAUUCAAAUCAUCAAAGAAUCGUCCUGCUUUUAAUGAUCGCGAUACACGGGUGUCCGAGGAAAAGAAACAAAAUGAUUUCGAUCGGGACAUUCGAUCCCAUGCGCUUCCUCUGCCAGUCCGAAUGCCACGCAUGGUUAUUGUCGAGGCAUAUGAUCCUGAUGGAACUCCGGAGGAACGCAAGCUCUUGCCAGGCACCAAAACAACAAAGCCAUCUCUGAACUUUUGCGAUGAUCCUUGGGAUGGGACUCUGGGCGCUGCUUUCACAAAGUUGGAAGUCACCAAGAGCAGUGACACUGGAGGAGGCAUCAAAAAGUUUUUCAAGCCCAAGAAAGAGGUCAUCCCCACGACAACUUCCUCUUCCAAAACGGUGGACACCACGCUAAAGUUUUCGCCCGGGUUUGAUGCCAUUGCGGACCGAAUGGAUGGAGGAUACUCGGCUAAACUCACGCUCCACGACGAACCACGAGUCCUCAUUUCUUCUCUUCACAAUGAUGCUGCAAAGGUGGGCUUGCAGAAGGGCGAUGUCGUCACUCACAUCAAUGGAGAGGAGUUUCUAGGCAAUGCUCAAGAGUUGAACUUUAUCAUCAAGGAACACUAUGCCAAUGCCGGAGCUGGGGACAAACUAGAGUUGGUGGUCAAUGCGGAGCAAUGUGUUGCCAAAGCACUUCAACUGCGUGCCAUGUGA